GUUAUCUGUGAACGGUAGUAGCCCACGUCAAAACAAUACGUGACGUUUACAAAUUUCUAUGUUCGGUGAUAUCGCGAUAGCUGCUGUUAAUCUGCGAAAAAUUCGCCACGCAGCAUGGGAGAUGCAUCGGUCGCAGAUACCGAAUCUAACAAACCCAGUCCUCAAAGCGAGGCGCCGUCCGAGACGGACCGGGGUCCUUUCGGCGGGCUGGAAUUUCAAGUUUCAGAAGUGGUAGAGAGGUUGGAAGCCGGAGUGAAUGCUCACGAGGCCGGCGAUGACGAGAGACGGAGGGAACCGCGCAAAAUCAGCGCCGGGUUCUUCGAGCCGGAAGAGACUUCUAUGGAUGAGAUUUUGAAGGUUUUAGAGGAGUUGGUGUUGAAGACGGAUCCCAGUUGCGAGAGCGCGGAGCCGCCGCUGCUGCCGACGGACGCGGUGACGCGGGCGGCGAUCCUGUCGCACAGCAUCUCGGCGCUGUUCGGCCGGCUGGAGCGCGGGCACGCCGCAAGGCUCGGAGCGCACAUCGCCAGCGAAACGUCGCGGUGGAUGGCACACAUGUUCAGACUGGCAGACUACAGUGCCUAUUACCAUCAAGAGCAGCUGGAAGGGCUGGUGCGAGUGACUCGAAUGCUGCUGCACUGUCGCUACCCGCGCUACCUUGAGGAUGGAGCGUUGGCGUUCGCGACGCGCCUCCCGUGCAUAUACAGCUGCGUGGCGUCUCCUCUGGGCGUCGUACAACAUUUGUGCAGGCAGCUCGGUUUGCCCCUAGCCUGCGUGCGGCCCGUACCCCAGCACCCGCGCGGACGCGGCAUGGACGUGUCUGCUCUUGAACGACUCUGCGAAGAAGACUUGGCGGCGGAACGCACGCCGCUCCUAGUCCUAGGAUCCGCCGGGGCAGCCCCCCUGGGCGGCGGAGACGACCUCGCAGCAUUAGCGGACGCCUGCCACCGCCGGGGCCUACAUCUACAUCUGCGGGGGCAUAGCCUGGCGCUGCCCGCGGCGUUGCCCAGAGACGAAAGUUACAGCAUAGCCGACUCCGUCACACUCACGCCCGGGCCCUGGUUUGGCGUUCCCGGCCUCCCUACUGUCACAUUUUACAAAAUUCCAGAGCCUAUGACGGCAAAUGACCAUUCCAAAGGUGUAAAUCCGACGGGCGGGCGCGAGGGCGCGCUGGCGGCGCUCGGGGGCCUGACGGGCGGCGCGGGGCGCUGGGGCGCGCUGCCGCUGUGGGCCGCGCUGCGCGCCGCCGGCGCCCGGGCGCUCACCGACCGCCUCGCCGCGGCCUUCCGCGACGCCCGGGCGGCCAGGGCCGUCGUGGCCGACGCGGGACUCAAGAUACUGAGCGCGGAACCCGGCGGCGAUGAACCACCGACUGUAGAUCUAGUUGAGGCGAUAUCUCGCGCGUCGGCGUGCGUGACGUUUCAAUUCGCGCCCGAAGACUCAGAGAAACCGCCGCCAUACUACGACAAACUCAACUCCUGGCUCGGACAAGUGCUACAGCGGGAGGCGGACAUGAUCAGCAUAGAAGUGUGCGAGACAGAGAGGCACGGCGUGGCGCUGCGCUACUGCCCGCUCGAGGGCGCCGCCGCGGGCGCCCUGGACGCCUUACCGGCCAUCCUGGACAACCAGGUCCAUGUGCUCAGGGCCACGGCUGCGCUCAGAGAACCUUUCUUACAGCACGUGGCGGCGCUGCCGUGCCUGGUGGCGGCGCACGUGCCGGGCUGGGCGGGGCUGGGCGGCGUGCGCUACGUGCCCGCCGGCUGGGAGGACGCCGCGCCCGAGCGGCAAGACGCGCUCAACAGGCAACUAGUGGAAGCGCUGCGAGCGACGGACGGCGCGUUCAGCUGCGGCGCGGCGGCGGACGGGCGCGCCUGCGUGCGCUUCGGGAUGGUGACCGCCGACACCGACGUGCGCGAGCUGCUCGAGCUGCUGCUGCUGGCCGGCAGGGGCGUCCAGGACGAGGCCCGGGAGCUCACCGACAUGACCGAGGUGCUCAAGAAGGGUAUCGAGGAGGCGGUGGCGGACCUGGAGCGUGAGAACGCGAGCCGGCUGUGGCAGGAGGGGCUGCUGCGGCGCGUGCCCGUCGUGGGCCGCGUGGUCGACUGGUGGGCCCCCGCCGCGCCGCCGCCGCCCGGCCGCCGCCUGCACCUGCAGCACGGCACGCUGCAGCCCACCAGCGACAUCUACAGGUACGUCCAAAAGAAGGCGGAGUCGGAACCAGCUCGCGCACAUUCACCGGCCAGACAACCGGCUACCGAUCAGUAGGCAAGUUGGCACAUGUUGCCAAUGUUGACACAUGUUGC